GGGGGGCAUUCAUUGCUCCACCCCGUCCGCUAGCUCGCCGCAUCUCUUGGCAAAAAAAUGUAAAUUUCCAUCAAACCAUCGCAUAUCAGUAAAUCUUUUAUCGCAUACCAAAUCCUAUCACCAAACAUUCCUCCUCACAACACCACCGUUCAAUUCAACUACCAUCACAAUGGCGCCUUCCCGCACCAGUACCGUAAAAAACAAAAAUGCAUCCAAGCAUGCUGCAAACGGCUCUGGAAUCCGCAACAGCAAAACUGUUUCUCGAGCUCAAAGCGAUGGAGUCUCGAAAUCGAAAGGCAAAAAAGCUACACAGUCUAAGGGAGCCCCGCCAAAACAACAGAAGCAAGGAAGUAAAUUGGCGACGUUGAAGAAGAAGAGGAGAGUUUAUACGGAGAAGGAAUUGGGUAUCCCGGCGCUGAAUAUGAUUACACCAGUGGGAGUAGAGAAGCCAAAGGGAAAGAAGAAGGGCAAGGUUUUUGUGGAUGAUAGGGAAUCCAUGAUGACAAUUCUCGCAAUGGUAAACGCAGACAAGGAUGGUCAAAUCGAGAGUAAGAUGAUGAGAGCCCGACAGAUGGAGGAGAUUCGAGAGGCAAGAAAGGCAGAGCAUGAGAGAAAACAGCAGCUACAAAAGGAAAAAUUAAGUGAAAUGAAGCAGGGUUUGAGGAAAAAGAGAAAUAGAGGGGGAGAUGAUGAUGGUGAUAAUGGAAGGGGAGAGGCAUUGGCUGGAACGAAGCCUUUGAAGCCUAAAAAGAAGACCGUUUCUUUUGCUUGAAAGGUCUAAUUACGGAUUUCCAAUUGAAGAUUAUCAGAGUGGGAAAGACAGGCAGGCAGGCAUAAUUAUAUUCGGGCGUUAUGGCGAAUGCAACUUGGGUGGGACGAGGAUUGAAAAUGGCAUUUGAGAGAUACCAGCGGUGUAUUGACAUUAGAUUAUUACUGUGUUUGAGAAUUGCUACGAUGUCUAAAUAAAGUCUAUAAAACA